GGCAGCUCCUGGCAACCAAGAAAAGCUUUAAAAAGACAUUUCUCCUGAGGAGCAGCUCCUCUCCCAGCCCAGAAGGGCUGAGGGCACUGCCUGCAGCCACUCUGGGCACAGCACAGAGGCACAGAGAGCUUCAAUCAGUCAGGGCUGGGAAGAUGCUGAGAAGUGACUGGGGGAGAAUCAUUCCCAGCCCUUGACACUGGAAGCCUCUGGCUGCAGGACAGUGCAGCUGCAGCUCCUGCAGAGAUCUCCUCCAGCUGGAACAUCCCACUGACUCUGGAUUCUGUCUAUAAGCAUCUGAACUGUACCUCCAGUGCUAUGCAGGAGUUUCCUAAAGUGCUUUCAGCAUCUCCUCAGCCCAAAGACAGCACCAGCGUCACCUUUGCUGGAGCCAUCAGGCUCCCCAUGGCCAGAGUGAGGAAAUGUCCAACAGCAGCUCCAUCAGCCACUUCCUCCUGCUGCCAUUGGCACACACGCGGCAGCUGCAGCUCCUGCACUUCUGCCUCUUCCUGGCCAUCUCCCUGGCUGCCCUCCUGGCCAACGGCCUCAUCAUCAGCGCCGUAGCCUGCGGCCACCUCCUGCACAGCCCCAUGUUCUUCUUCCUGCUCAACCUGGCCCUCAGCGACCUGGGCUCCAUCUGCACCACUGUCCCCAAAGCCAUGCACAAUUCCCUCUGGGACACCAGGAACAUCUCCUAUGAAGGAUGUGCUGCACAGGUGUUUUUCUUUGCUUUUUUCAUUGCAUCAGAAUUUGCCUUUCUCACCGUGAUGUGCUACGACCGCUAUGUGUCCAUCUGCAAACCCCUGCACUACGGGACCCUCCUGGGCAGCAGAGCUUGUGCCCACAUGGCAGCAGCUGCCUGGGCCAGUGCCUUUCUCAAUGCUCUGCUUCACACAGCCAAUACAUUUUCCCUGCCUCUAUGCCAGGGGAAUGCUGUGGACCAGUUCUUCUGUGAAAUCCCACACAUCCUCAAGCUCUCCUGCUCCAAAUCCUACCUCAGGGAACUUGGGCUUCUCGUUGUCACUUUCUGUUUAGCUUCUGGGUGCUUUGUGUUCAUUGUUUUCUCCUAUGAGCAGAUCUUCAGGGCUGUGCUGAGGAUCCCCACUGAGCAGGGAAGGCACAAAGCCUUUUCCACCUGCCUCCCUCACCUGGCUGUGGUCUCCCUGUUCCUCAGCACUGACACAUUUGUCUACCUGAAGCCCCCCUCCAUCUCCUCCCCAGCAAUGGACUUUGUGGUUUCAGUUCUCUACUCGGUGGUGCCUCCUGCCCUGAACCCCUUCAUCUACAGCCUGAGGAACCAGGAACUCAAGGAAUCUCUCAGAAAAGCCAUGACUGGAUGCUUUUCAUGCUUUCCAUUUUCCCAUAACAGCCGUCCCAGUGCUUUGCAUUGGGAGACAGAAAGGAGCUGGAAACACACCCCUGGUUUGGCUCCUGCUGUGCAGGCCUGGCACAGCAUCAGUGUUGUGUCUCAGCAUCCCCUCUCCAUCCAGGGGCUGCGAGUGGGUAAGGUCCUGGGGAGGGACACAGCCAUGCCAGUGACCCAAAAUAACCAAAGGGAUAUUCCAGACCGUAUGACAUUAGUUCCUGUAAAAAAUCUAAGGAAGGAGGAGGAAUAGGGGGCAUUCCCUAUUUACAGUGUCUUUCUUCUUGAUCAACCACUCCUCCUGAUGAAGUCCUGCUUCCUGGGAAGUGGCUGAAUAUCACUUGCUGAUGGGAAGUAGAGAAUAAAAUUUUGGGGUUUUAUUCUCGUAACCAGUGCAUGUAAAACUUUGUGUUUUGUUUUGUUUUGUUUUUUUUCUAUAGAAAUUUCCUUUAUCUAAACAUACAAGUUGUCUUCCAUAGUAUUUUCUCUCCCCUGUCCAGCCAAGGAGGGGAGUGCUAGAGUGGCUUGGUAGGCACAUGGACUCCAGCAGAGGGAACCCACCAAAGGAAUCCACAGAGCCUGCUUUCCUCUGUCAGCAGCUCCCAGUGCACACCAUGAAAGGCCAAGUCUGCCCUUAUAUAUAUUUUCAAUUUUUUCUGCUUCUGUUUUGUUACAUUAAAAGAAAUGCUAUUAAUCAUGCCCUUCAACCAAAUUAUCCUUCCUUCUUUUGUGAUCAAGAGACAUUGUGUAAGCCAGGAGACUCACGUUGUAUUUACGUGAAAUAAAUGAACCUGCAACCACUUGUUUAAAUUUUUCUACUAUCUUCAUCCAAACAGGAAUGACCAGAAAUGGGCACAGCUUUCUGACUGCCACAGCUUUGGGAUGGGCCCUGGGCCUGCAGCAGGAGCAGCUCCUGAGGGCCACAAGGCCGGGGCUCUUGUGCUGGCCUGGGCAGAUGGGAUGGCAGCAGGGGCUGCAGAGCUCUCAGCAUCUCCUGCAGAGGAGAGCAGGGCACACAGGGAGCCUCCUUUUCCUUUGGCCAGGCCCCUUGCCCAUGGCUGGGGCUGAGUCCUGUGUGAGCUGUGGCUGCUGCUGUGCCCUUGUGAGGGGCUGAAUAAUGUUGCAGGGACUUAAAAGCAAAGGCCAAAUGCAGGAGCAAGGAAGACCACAAGGAGACAAGAAUUCAGUACAUGUAGUGGUUGCUUUGGGAGACAAAUGCAUUAACACAGAAAAUCCAGAGAACUUCCUGUCCCUCUCAUUCCCCUGCUGAUCAUGACAUCACACGAAUUGGAAGAUCCCUUGGGUCAGUCUAGCCCAUCUGUCCCACCCCUGUGUCCCCA